AACUCCGGGAGGUAGAAAUUACAAAAUGUUUCAUUUUGUGGCCGAUCAUCCGCCGGUUCCGGUGCGACUAUCGUUUCGCGCCCAAAUUCUGGGACAUGUCCGGCAAUAUCUUAAACAAUUUCAGGUCGAUGCCAUUCAGUUUAUGCAUAAUUUUCUGGCGAAGGGAGAAUUUUGCUGUUACAACGAUGAGAGUGGUUUGGGCAAACAAGCUGCCGUGGCUGUGCUCUUGGAUUCGGCUUGUGGCAAUAAAAAAUCACUGAUUGUGGUACAGAACGAUGACAUCUACAUUCAUGGCUGGGAAUUCCAUUUUAGUGUACUGACGAAUUGUAGUGUUACCGUCAUAAAGGAUAAUAAGGAUACUACCGAUUCUCCACACAAUAUAUACCUUGCCAAAUGGAGUACGCUGAGGAACAUUGAUGAUUUAAGUAAAUUCGAUUUCGAUUAUAUCAUUUUGGAUAAUCGGGGGCAAAUGCUGAACAAUACAUUUUGCAUGUCAAUGUUGUUGAAACAUUAUGAACGUAAAAUUAAUAUAUUGAUCUCAAGUGUUGAUAUAACAGGCGACUUAAAACUUCUACAUAAUAUUCUUAAACUUGGUGGACGUUUGGAACCACGUUAUGCAAAUUUUAAACAUUUCGAAGAGAAAUUUAAACUGCCCGAUGCCAAGGAGUUAACAUACAAGAAAGUCGAUUUGGAGGAAUAUUUUCUUAAACGGGAACGUUUGGCUGAUUAUUGCAAAAAUUUUCGUUUGCGUCGCUAUUGCCAUCAGUAUGAACAACAUUUACCAUUAGUCACGCCUGAUCGUUACAAGAUCAAUUUGGAUGUAUUUCGUGAAAAGCAAAAUUCGACAAAUUCCGAAAACAGUAGCGUUGAGAUAUCUUCUCAAAAUCGUCAAGAUGAUAGGGUACGGGAUACCCAAGAACUAUUCGAGGAAUAUUGUCGACAAAGGCGCAAGCAACAGGAAUUACAGAAACAGAAACUGCUGGAACAGCAAAAGAAAGAACAAGCUAAAUUGCAACAACAAAAACUUAACGAUGAGAAAGAAAAGGAAAGGGAGAGGGAACGGGAAAGAGAAAAAGAAAAACAAUUGGAAUCAGCUAGUGAUGUUGAUGACGAAGUAGCUUUUAUUAAUUACUCACCACCACCACCCAUUGUACACGACAAACAACCUCCUGCAACGAGAGAUAAUACCGAUGAAGUCAUUAUGAUGUCGCCAUUGUUGUUAGUAUCUGAUUCUGAGGAUACUGAAGAUGUUCCAGAAAUUUGCAAUGAUCCCAGUGAUGAGGCAAACAUUGUUGACCUGUCGACAGAGGACGAUGAUAAUGAGAAACCCGAUGAAAGGACAUCGAUGAGAACAGAGGAUGACGACAGUAAUGAGACAAACGAAGAUGUGACUACAAGGAAAACAGUAGGCGACAAUGAAAAUGAGGAUAACGAUGAAACGUCAAAGACACAAAAUGGAAACAAUGAACAUGAAAAGACGUCAAAUGACAGAACAACACCAACGAAAACGGUAAAACGGCAUAAAAAUGUGCGCAAUGAAAUUGAUAGACUGAAAGCAGAUGUUGCAACAAACCUGAAAUUUCAAAAUGAAACAACGCCAAAACGUCGAACUCGUCAUGCGGACGAUAACCAUUGUAAAAGGCUCAAAAAUGAUGGUGAAGGUGCAACAACACCCAAACAAAGAGCUAUGGAAACCGGUGGAACAAAGGAAAGAUCAUCCUCAUCGGAGAAGAAAAAACAAGAAGUUACUGACAGAGAAAACCACAGAAAAGAAUCUUCGACAAAAGAUGCUGGUGGUAAAUCGAACGAUAAAGAUAAAAGUUCCAAAACAUCAUCAGGAAAUAAUUCAACACCACGAACAUCAAGGUCUAUAAGGAAAAUUGAUUUAACAUCAGAUAAUAAUUCAUCAACAGAAACCCCAACUCCUGGCAGGGGUAGAACCAAAAAAAAUCUCACGGCGAGAAACAAUAGUCCACAUGGAGCAAAUAAAACAGCCAACGCACUAGAUCCCAAUAUUGUUAUAAAAACCGAGCCCGAAGAUAAUACACCACAAACAAAAACACCAACAACAUCAUCAGCAUCGUCAACAAAAAAGACCGCAUUAACAAAAGAAAUGACUGCAACAUUGGAGCGUAUAAAACGUGAACUUGAUGUUGAUCGUGUCGUUAUCUACACCAGAGAUACGCGAAGUGCAAAACGUACAACAAGAUCGGCUGGUUGCCCCAGUGGAUAUGAAGCUAAAAAUUCCCUAUUCCACAAUGACAAACCAAACAAAACAAAAAAGACCAGCCACGACAAACAUGACAAGACGACGAAUGCCCCGAAAACGAAUACACCGGCGAAAAAUACCAAGGUUAAUGAAAAGGAUACAAUUGUUGAUACACAGGCGCCUAUUAUCUCGAUGACAUGCUCCCAAGACUUUGACCCAUUACAAUGUGCUCAACGUUUGAGUAGUGUGUGCGCUGCUUCUGAAAGUAAUAGUGACGUUCAAAGGAAGUCGUCAUCAUUUCUUGUACCACCAACACCGGUGUCAGCAAGAAAUUCUCUAAUACCCUCUUCUAUUAAUAGUUUCUUCGGUGAUUCAGAGGUUGUAUUUGUACCGCCAACACCACCUGCCAGCACAACAAAGGCUAAGAAGAAUGAUGUUAUUGUUCUGUCGGAGUCAGAAGAAAACGAACCACUAAGCUCCUCACUACAAUCAACAGCAACCAGUCGACGCACAAGAGCCUUAAAAUCCAAGAAAGUACAAAACAAAGCCGAUGAGGAGUCGACAGCAGCGGCUAGCAAAGUGCCAACGUUUUCACAAUUAUUGGCCCAACAUAACACUCGUGCUAGUGCCAAAUCGCCAGAUCUCUUUAGUAAUUGUUCCGACUUGGCGCCAUUGCCAUGUUCACAAAAUGCCAAUAUCAACGACGAGCCUAGUGCACCCUUUGAGGGCUUCAAAAUCUUUGGCUCUGAAGUUAAGCAAUUGCAGCAACAUUAUGCAACGUCAACUACACAAAACAGCAGCAAGGGAAAGGGCAAGUCACACAGAGAUCGUAGUUGUUUAGAUAUUCUAGAGAAUAUGUUGGAACCACCGAAUAAGAAACAAAAAACCAAAUCUACGAACGAUAGUGAAUCUGCAGCAUCGGCAAAGAGCAGCAGUACUACCCAGCCAUUGAGAAGUAAUGCACAGAAGACAAAAGUACAAGCACCCAUAGUACCUCACCAUCCAAUAGAAGCUAUUGCCGAGGCCAAAGCUCAACAGGAGCGGAGAAUACGUUCCCUGGCACCGUCCUCAGUAAAUGAAGACGAGAUAUUCGAAAUUACGAAUAAUGGUACUUUUGGCAGUGUUUUGCGUUUACACUCAAAUGGCGAGAUCUCACCCGUCCAUCAGACACAAAAACCCCAAACACAAAAUAAUAAAAUUACCAAAUAUUUUCAGGGUGGUUUAACACAAAAUGUUGUAACUAGUUCUCAGGAGGACAGUGGCAACAACUCAGAGGCUGGUACUCCGAGUAAAAGACACCAACAGCAUCAGCAACACAAUCCACAGCAAAUGACCAGCACCCAAUAUGCGAAUUUAAAGAAGUCGCCAAAACAAAGAUGUCCCACCACGACACAAGCAACCAAAUUAACAAAAUGGUUUACCACAAACAAUCAUCUGGAUAAAGAAAUACAAACGCAGGUUUCAAAAAUCAUCGGAACAUCUUUAUCCGGAGCUGUAAAACAAGCCAGUAAAAGACGACGUCGUUUAGAUUUAACCCAGGUAACAAAUGACAGCGAUUGA